AUGCCUCAAUUCUCUCCUUUUAGGCUUCUCAAGUUCGUGGUCGUCAUGUUCGUUUUGGCAAACGUGUGUUUGUUGGUGUUCAUCUUCAAGCUCAGAUCAAUAUCCAGUGUUUCGGAAGAGAAUGAAAUUAAUGACGGACAGCAGGAACCGUUUGAAGAGGUUUCCCAACUACCAUUUCUACCAACUAGCUUCAAAUCGUUUACGGAAAUGGUUCCAAUGAAUGUUCUUGGAGAAGAAUUUUAUCCCAUCACCAUUGCAACAAAACUCAAUGAAAAUGCUUGCAAAUUAUUGUAUUCUGCUUUGAGAAAUGGAAUCAAUUUCAAUAUUUUAGGAUAUGGAAUGGAGAAGUUCACUCUCUCACAAAAAAUUGAUAUCAUUUUCGAAGCCUUAGAAAAAGUCAAAAAUCCAAAUGCCAUUUUGAUGUUCUUGGAUGCGUAUGAUGUUGUUGUAUUGCAACAUGCAGAAGCUAUUAUUUCAAAAUUUGUAAAUCACUUUUCCAAUUAUUCAAUUGUUUUCAACGCAGAAAUGAAUUGUCAUCCAUUUGGAGUGGUUGAGAGUGCUAUAAAACGAUGGGGAGGUAACUCUUUUUGUCAAAAAGAAUACCCAUCAUCUCCAACGAGAUUUAAAUACCUAAACUCUGGUGGUUUUAUAGGUCGUCAAUCAGCAUUAUUGGACUUGUAUAAGAAAAUUCUUGCAUUGCCUCAAGAUAUCAAGGAUGAUUUAUUUGAUGAUCAAGGAAUGACUGCAUAUGUUUGGUUGACUCAAGCACGAGAUUAUCUCACUUUGGAUUACAAGGGUGAUUUGUUUUUGUCACUGCUGGAGGUACAGACACAUGAGAUACUGGUUCGAGGUAGCUAUAACCCACCAGUGCAUGAAGAAGAGGCGAAGGCAACACAUGCUGACUUCUGGUUAGAGUUUGUGCCUCACAGUAAUUAUCCAGCAGUUCUCCAUGGAAAUGGUUGGGGUAAAUGGUAA